AGCGCCGAGGCCGCGGGGGCAGCAACGACGCCGGGCAGCGGGAGCGGCGGCCGCGCCAUGUGGCUGCUGGGGCCGCUGUGCCUGCUGCUGAGCAGCGCCGCGGGAAAGUGCCUGGAAAAAUAGAUGACAGCCAGAAAGAGAGCUUGGAGAAAAAAAUGACUCCAAAGAGAAGGUGGUCAUUUCCUAGAGUCUGGCUUGUCAGUUAGAGCCAGCUGCUCCCUGGGAACAACUUCACCAACGAGUGCAACAUACCAGGCAACUUCAUGUGCAGCAAUGGACGGUGCAUCCCGGGCGCCUGGCAGUGUGACGGGCUGCCUGACUGCUUCGACAAGAGUGAUGAGAAGGAGUGCCCCAAGGCUAAGUCGAAAUGUGGCCCGACCUUCUUCCCCUGUGCCAGCGGCAUCCAUUGCAUCAUUGGUCGCUUCCGGUGCAAUGGGUUUGAGGACUGUCCCGAUGGCAGCGAUGAAGAGAACUGCACAGCAAACCCUCUGCUUUGCUCCACCGCCCGCUACCACUGCAAGAACGGCCUCUGUAUUGACAAGAGCUUCAUCUGCGACGGACAGAAUAACUGUCAAGACAACAGUGAUGAGGAAAGCUGUGAAAGUUCUCAAGAACCCGGCAGCGGGCAGGUGUUUGUGACUUCAGAGAACCAGCUUGUGUAUUACCCCAGCAUCACCUAUGCCAUCAUCGGCAGCUCCGUCAUUUUUGUGCUGGUGGUGGCCCUGCUGGCACUGGUCUUGCACCACCAGCGGAAGCGGAACAACCUCAUGACGCUGCCCGUGCACCGGCUGCAGCACCCUGUGCUGCUGUCCCGCCUGGUGGUCCUGGACCACCCCCACCACUGCAACGUCACCUACAACGUCAAUAAUGGCAUCCAGUAUGUGGCCAGCCAGGCGGAGCAGAAUGCGUCGGAAGUAGGCUCCCCACCCUCCUACUCCGAGGCCUUGCUGGACCAGAGGCCUGCGUGGUAUGACCUUCCUCCACCGCCCUACUCUUCUGACACGGAAUCUCUGAACCAAGCUGACCUGCCCCCCUACCGCUCCCGGUCCGGGAGUGCCAACAGUGCCAGCUCCCAGGCAGCCAGCAGCCUCCUAAGCGUGGAAGACACCAGCCACAGCCCGGGGCAGCCUGGCCCCCAGGAGGGCACUGCUGAGCCCAGGGACUCUGAGCCCAGCCAGGGCACUGAAGAAGUAUAAGUCCCAGUUAUUCCAAAGUCCAUAUGGGUUAAUCUGCUCUGACUUGUUGCCAUUCUAACAAUUUGUGCUCAUGGGAAGCUCUUUAAGCACCUGUAAGGGUGUCUCAAGUUACAGUUUGGGAUAUUAACUAUCUCUGCAUUCCCCUCCUCCCCCAGACUUCAGAGAUGUUUUUCUGGCGUCUCAGUUGACAUGAUCUGUUGUGCAUCUUUUCUGUCAGGUCACUCUUCCCUUGGGACCCGAGAUCACACCCUCAUUUUUCACAUUAUUCUGUUUCUGUUGGAGAGACAGCAUAUAAAACAGUAUUGAAAUAGGCUGGGAGAGAGCAAUGUUUCUGUACUAUAUUGGAUGCUCAGAAGUGCAGGAGACGCUGGACCCAAUUCUCUCUGCUGGGUAGUUACCUUAUAGCAUUUGGGGAUUUGGGUUAGAUGAUCUAACCAGGAGGCCAUCACUGGAUGGUCACCCCCCAAAAAAAAAUUCCAUUUGAGCAUCAAAACCUGCUUUGCACAAUCCUAUAUGAUGCCCCCAGUUCAGCAGAGUCAGUGGCCAAAGAAAACUUUGGACGUGAGUAACACCCUUCAGCAGUCGCAACGUUAUUUUGGUUUUGUGAAGGACUCUGAAACCAUCUGCCCUGUAUAAAUUCUGGCUUUAGAAAUUUGCCCAAGAAUGCUCAUUCUGAGAGCUUUCCUCAGCAGCGUAUAUCAUCAGCCUCAUCCUAAAAUAGGCAGGGAGCCCCUCCCAUGAGUUUAUCCAAGUUCUCAGCUCCUAAAAUGCAGGCUGCCAAGACCCUACACCUGCCCUGGCUCUACAGCCACUUACCUGGUUUCUGGACUGUCACCCUCCCAGCUGACCUGCCCGUAGCCAAGGAAUGAGGACCUAACUUGAGUUGGCCCAAAGUCUGACCUGGCUCUAUGUCCCUGUGGCCCACACCCAGCCUGUCUUGCUCAUUCAUGCAGCCUCAACACUGGCCUCCAAAGUUCCCUUAACACUUGCAAAGUCCUUUUUACCUGUGCGUUUGGACUUGAGGACACUGGUUUCUAUCACAGGUGAGAGCCAUGUUCAAUACCUCCAGCAAGCUCUCCUGGCUCCCUGCACUGUGCACGCUCCUCUUCCCAAGGUCCCAAUACCAGCACCUCUAGUUAGAGUUAGGGUCAGGGUCAGGCCUCUCCCAACAUCCCAGUAGUUUCUCCUCUGAGACACAUGGGCAAGAGACAAUUUGGAGUCAAGAUUUUCCAUUUGGAUCUAUUUUAAAUCUUUUAGAAAUGCAUUUGAAACAGUGUGUUUGUUUUUUCCCUUCUAGUUAAGGGACUAUUUAUAUAUGUAUAGGAAAGCUGUCUCUUUUUUUGUUUUUCCUUUAACAAGGUCCAAAGAAAGAUGCAAAAGGAGAUCACACCCUUGCCCCGCUGAGCCCCGUGAUAACAAGUCACUCCAGACUAACCUGUGUGCCAGACAUUUGUGCAUUGUUGCACUUUGAGGUUAUUAUUUAUCAAGUUCUUGAAGGAAGCAGAAAGAGGGACUCCUCUCUCCCUCCGUGUAUAGUCUCUAUGUUUGUGCUAGUUUUUCUUUUUUUUCUCUGUGUCCAGUCAGCCACAGGGCCCGCCUCCCUGCAGGAAUAAGGGGUAAAACGUUAGGUGUUGUUUGGCAAGAAACCACACUGACUGAUGAGGGGUAAAAUGGAACCAGGUAGAGCCACUCCGGGCAGCUGUCACCCAUUCAGAACUUCUUUCCGCAGCUGAAGAAAUGUUCAGUAACCUGUUUGACGCUAAUUAAAACAGAGCCUGCAGGAAGUGGGGCUAAAGUGGCAUUCAGUGAUCCUGUUCUGUAGACUUUUCUUUCUUUUUUUAACCAAAUCCAAAGGAUGUUACAGAAAAGCUAGCCACUGGUAUUUUGUUUUGUUUAAAAAAAAAAAAAAGAAAGAAAGAAAAACGGAAAGGAACCUAGCUGCCUGUAUCUUUCAUUUUUAAAAUAGCACUUGAGUUAUUUUCUGAGUAAUCCAAUAAAGAACUUUUGAUGACAGCCAGAAUGUGUUAGAACUCUGGCUGAACAUUUCAUCUCCUGUGAGUCAGAAGGGCUUUAUUUCUCCCUUUGAUGGGGCCCCUUCUUCUUUCUGGUGCUCUGGAAGUUGUUUAGAGGAAAGAAUUCUAAUUUUAAUUAAUUGCGCAGUGAGUUAAUCUCACUCGCUUUUCUGCUUCCAGGCAUCUUAGGAAAAACAAAUGGUUUUAGUAGAUAAGGGAUGCCUACUAAUGUUUUUUUUAAACAAACAGGGACAUUUUUAUUAUAGAUUUGAUUUUUUUAAUGAAUGUUUUUAAAAAUAUAUAAAUAGGACACCAAAGCGGCAGGGUUUUUUUGGGGGGGAGGGGGUUUGUUUUCCAACUCAAGAUGGCACAUUAGUGGCCAGCAAUAUUUUUUAACUCAUUCCAACCAGGAAGCUUUUUUAUACAUUGCCUAAAUCUACGCCAACCAGAAAAUAGUCUCAUCUCUUUUUUUCUCAAAUGAGAUCAGUGUUUUAUUUUAGCAUUAAAUUAGUUACACUGUGAUGACUGGCCUAUUACCUGACUCAGCUCCCUCUACCUUGAAAUUGACAUUUUUAAAAAAUGCAACUAAGUGGUUAAUAGUGUGUGAUGCUCAAAGUUAAUGUAAACUGGAAAGGUUGUGUGUCGUUGCUUUUUGUGUUUUGGUUAGGCUUGGUUUUGUUUUUUAAUUUUUAUACUUUCUAAUAAAUUUGCAGUUUCAUUCUU